CAACACUUCUCCCUCACACACCCAACAUCACCUGAAACCCACCUAAACACAACGUCAGAGGUCACCGUUCUGGCAUCCGUUGAAACUUCCUUCUCAAGUCUUGUUCUUCACACCUAUUCCAUCCACCAUGUCCGACACUGAGAAGGGCGAAGGCAAGGUCCUUCCUUGGACCGAAGAGGCCAAGUAUCAGUUCCUCCUCCGAAUUGUUGCCCAGUUCAAGGAGGAUGGCAAGCAGAUUAACUGGUCUCGUGUCGUCAUGCCUGGUCGUACCACCAAGUCGCUCCAGAACAUGUGGACCAAGAUUAACAAGGCAGUCUCUGACCUUGAGGAGAAAAAGGGUAGUGGGGAUUCUGAGGCCGCGGCUACUCCAACCAAAAGAACCGCCACUCCCCGCAAGCCUCGUGCGAAGAAGGCUCCAGUUCCCACUGAUGAUGAAGACAGCGAUGGCAACUCUCUGAGUGUUAAGAAAGCGACACCCCGCAAGCGCGCCGCUACAGGAACCCCAAGACGCCCUGCCAAGGCCAAGAAGGACCAGGAUGAUGAAGACAUCACCGCUUCCAUCAAGGCCGAGGCUGAUGGGGAUGAGGACGAGGACUGAGUCCAAAUUCCACCAAAGCCUAGACACGAAGCAAUCCAACCGGCGGGCUCGCGUAUGAAUUACUUUUGGAAGUGAUGUGAAUACUGGAACCGCGGCUUUCCACUGGUUUUUCUUUUCAAUGAUGUCGUCGCAUCUUGACACACAAAUAGCAUUCACAUCCGAGGGAUCUGAGGGAGAAUGAUAGCGUCUUAGGGUAGGCUGCGGAGCUAGAAUAUCCAGCAAUGAGAACUCAGAGACCGUCAUAAAUAAUUUCUAAGCCAAACGAGGAAUGGCGAGAACUUGGCAGUUGCUGCUCUAUUGAAGAGCUUAGCUUCUCACCUUCAUAUCAGUUGUCGCAGUAUUUAGAAGCAGAACCAGCUGAAUGAAGUACACAUUUUCCCC